AUGAGCCGGGCCCAGUUCUCUGACAACGAGCUGGACGAGCUGCUGGCAGGUGUUCGCGAGGGGAAGCAGCUGCAUGUCGACGUGCUGUCGGCGGCGGCCGGGGCGCUGGAGGCAAAGAUGAUCGCUGUGGCCAACGUGGUGGACAUCGCCCCACCUGUGGCGGUCGUCGGCGAUGUACACGGCUCGGUUUCAGCGCUCCGCGAAGUCUUUGCGGUGGCAGGCCCGCUUCCGGAUAUCUCGUACGUCUUUCUCGGCGCGUACGUCAACCGCGGGCCGGCGUCGGUGGCGGUCAUGGCCGAGCUCAUCCUCUGUGCGCUCCGAUGGCCGGCACGAUGUACGCUCCUGCGGUCUGGCCAUGAGACCCGGGCUGCGGCUGAGCUGUACGGCCUGCGCGACGAGUGCAUGGACCUCUACGGCGACGAGGGGCCGUAUGAGGCUCUGCUCGGCGUGUUUAACGUUCUGCCCAUCGCCGCCACCCUCGGCUCGGUCCUCGUCCUCCACGGUGGCCUCUCGCCAUCGAUCGAGUCGCUGGACCAGCUCGCGGCGCUCGACCGAUUUAUGGAGAUUCCACCCGAGGGCGCCCUCACCGACCUCAUGUGGUCGAUGCCGGCGAGCCGGGAGCCGAGCGACGCCGCGUUCUCGCUCUCGCCGCGCGGGCUCGGAUACACCUACUCAGAGGCUGCGCUCGACACGUUCCUGGCGGCAAACAGCCUCACGACGGUCAUCACCGGCAACUCACUUGUCCACCUCGGCUUUGCCGAGAUCUUCCCCUCCAAGCUCUACACCGUCUGGUCGGUGCCCAACUACCUCGGCAGGUGUGGCAACCUUGGCGCCGUGGUCCACGUCCUUGCACCGGGCGCCUUUGUGCCCAUCGCCUUUCCGGCGCCGUCGCACCAUGAGCCGUGGCCUGUCGCGCGCGACCUACACAUCUUUGAGUGA